AUGGGAUUAGGAACAACCCUCACCUUCGGCCUGGUCGCCGCCCUAAUUGCCUUCCUGGCUGGCCCAGUCAGUCACGUCAUUCGCGUUGGAGGUGUCUUCCUCACGCCAACUCCGACAGUGUUCGGUGAAGGCCAAGGUCCUAUCUACAUCGCCGAUACCAUCCACUGCGAAGAUGUGCACCACUACCGUCCGGCGAACCUACUGUUCACCGCAUGCGAAGACCACAAGAGCACGCGCUUCAGCUGGUUCCCGCCUCUCGGAAACUUGUUGCAGCCGAGGACCCGCGGCUCCAUUCACAUUGUGGAUCCCAAGACCAUGAAAUCAAGCCGUCUGGCUUUCACUGACUUUGAUGGUCCCUUUGUUACCCAUGGAAUUGACGUUAUUGAAGACCCAGACCAGCCUGACGCUGUCUAUAUCUUCGCUGUCAACCACUUGCCCAAUCCGGCCUACUUUGAGGCCGGUGAGCCCGAAGGCGUCCACAAGGCCAGGUCUCAGAUCGAGCUCUUCCACCACGUCCUAGAGUCGCAGACUGUCCAGCAUGUGCGCUCGAUUCAUCACCCGCUUAUAGAGACUCCCAAUGAUAUCUACGCAGAGAGUCCCGUUUCUUUCUACGUUACCAACGACCACUUCUAUCGUGAUGGCCUCAUGCGUAUCGUGGAGGAUGUCUGGCCUUCCGCGAAAUGGUCUAGCAUUAUCCACGUUCAGCUCGAGAACCCUAGCAAGGAGGCCAGUGUCGAUGCCUCAGUUGCUUUGACGGGACUCUGGAACAACAACGGUCUCGGUCAUGGACGCACAGACAAGGAAAUGAUUAUUUCCAGCGCUGUCGGCGGCGAGCUCUACGUCUCUUCCCCGCAGUCAAACCACUCUAUCGAGAUCCACGCCACUAUUCCCUUUGACACUGUCACCGAUAACCCAAGCUACUAUGCGGACCCGUACCGCACGGGUGAGGACGAUGCCAGUGGCUUUGUUGUUGCUGGUAUCUCGCAGGCUAUCUACCUGCCUGUCAAUGCUAAGGAUGAGAAUGCCACUGAUGCUUCGCAGGUGUGGUAUACGCGGUUCCUGCCGGCUACCGGUGAGUGGGAGAAGAAGUUGUUGUUCGAGGAUGAUGGAAUGAGGAUCCGGACUGCCAGUGCGGCUGUCUUGGUUCCCGUUGAGCCUCGGGAUGGAAAGAAGCUAGCUUGGUUGUUUGUAACUGGGUUCAUGUCGGAGAGCAUGAUUGCUGUGCAGGUUGAGUUGUAG